UGUCGUUGUUGUCGUUGCCAUGUAGAAUUCAAAUAUUUACUUAAGUGCUUUCGUCAAAUCGAUUUUGAGUGUCUGAACGUCAGAUUAUCUGUUAAGAGAAAAUUAUAAUGCCUUCCUAAUGAUUCUAUAAGCCCACUCUUUUCUCUCGAUUGCUUUUUCACUGCCAAGAAGACCAACUGACGAGCUCACAUUUCAUUGUUUUCAAGGAUGUUGUUUUGUUYUGUCGUUGUGUGGUAAAUUGUUGUGAUGGAACUACAUGAAUUAGAUGAAAGAMACUUACUUAGGAGCAAGUCCCAUGGGCUUUAUGGUUUAUCGAUCGUUGGCUCCUGGUAAUGAGGCAAUUUACAUAUGAAAAGUAAUUGGUUCUCUUUUUAAUCAAAUUUAAGGAUAUUAAGGACUAGUUUAGCUUAGUUUUCGUAAUCUUUUGAUGCUCUUAGAAGUAAAUUGAGUAACCAUCUUUAUUUGACGAUCUUUGACGGAGUUGUAUACCUCGUGUCAUCUUCACUCGACUGCCAAAGCUGAGACUGUCAUGUUCAGUCCACUUUACUGAGGAUUUAAACUCACCAUUCUUGGUAAAUAAUGGGCGAUGAAGGAUCUACGAUAAACCCAUCCAGCAUGAGCAUUCGAAAAGCCAUCAACAAAAACCAARCCUUUGACAAAGAACUGAAGAAAGAGCUACACUAUCUUGACUUGAAGAAAAAAUCAUCAGAAAAGGCAUUUGAACAUCGAAAAAACCAAUUCAUUCGUAAAAGACUAUGCAUAAACCAUCUUGGAAAGUCGCAAAGUUYAAGUCAUGAUGKCAGUCUUWUGCGACAAAGACGUCUUGGGACGUUUGGUGAACUUCAGAACUUUUCGUCUCUCUCAACUGGAAAUUUGCUCGAAAGUAUCACUCAAAGAGGMUUACCAUCUUCAGUGGAAAAGGGAGAGCAAAUUAUCAARAAGAAGUUCCAUAAAUUGAGUUUAGAUUGCUCUAAAUUGUACAAAAAUGACGAUGAAMGUAAGGKUUUGGUCCGUUUAGCAUCAGGRAAAAGAAUAGAAAAAAGUCACUCGUGGAGUGAAGACUUGUCGGCUAAAGACUCUAACGAMGACAUCAAAGCUCAACAUGGAAGUAUACCAUCGACAAGUCUUCAAGUUCCAUCCUUACCCAAGUUUUUUAGAUCACAAAGUGCUGAAACUUUGCAUAAAACAAGCAAAGCAAAUGAUAUGGAAGAAGUUAAUGAASCARAUCAGMAAAAUAACAACRAGAACUUAAGCMACCUUCGCGCUCCUGUGUUAGAUAAAAGGCGCUCCCGAAGYGYUGAACAUCUAGCAAUGCCARGUAUAAACGCGCGAGCYUCAAAUCGAAGUCCUUCUACCCAACYUGAAGCACUAGAACGGCAGCAUUCKUUCUCUGAAGAGAGACGUCCAUUGCACWURCAAACCGGACAGACGAAGCCGUCCACUCGUCUUGUACUUCCUCCAUUGACGCGACAACGCAGCAAAAGCGUUGAAAUUCACGAYAAACACGUCGUACGUCGCGUGCGCGCWAAUAGUKAUGUCGAACCACCUAACUUUGCUAGUAAGCCARAGCCACCUUCAAGGCCAAGAAAUGAAAAGGCAAAGGUACCCCGCAAGGSCUCAUCGUUUGGCGAAACGGAAAAAAAAGAAAGGAGCCAAAACAACAAAAAUGAAAAUCAACCAAACGAUGGGAAACUUCGGAGGUCUUCUUCGACUCCUGAUCUCUUGGACUUAGGAUCUGAAGUGGAGUAUUUAUUAAUGGAUGAUGAUCAGACGCGUCUUCARCGCAUGCGUGCAGCAGUGCGCGCCCUAAGCUUCGUUGCGAAUGUCAAGGAAUGCCGAUAUCUCCGCAAUUUCAACGCUUUUCACCAAAACGAAGAUGACGAUGAACAAGMCCAAGAAGCGCAAACGUCAAGUAAUGUAUCUAUGCCAGUUAUCACUCAAAAUUCRUCCACUCCAAAACACUGCAAUAAAGAAGGUACUAGCCAMGRAAAUCAAAUAAAUUUUCUUGAAGAAUCACAAAACGAGMCCGUGUUAACUACCGGGGAUUCUACAGAUCUAUCACGUGACAGCGAYGAGCCAAUCGGACAUCUGGAUGGGUCKUUAGGUUCGAGUAACGCAUCAACGUUAGCAGAGAUGUUUGAAGAAAUUAAGAAGACUAGAUACUUAAGAAUGCCGGGAARGAMCGUUGACGAUGAYGACGAUGAUGACGUCGAUGURUUAAUGACGUCACAUGGGUACAAUACRCCAAUGAUUAUUGUAGGCUGUACAAAAUCGGUGCUAAUGGAAGAUAACACUUUGUGAAAUCGGUACYCUGUAUGUCGAUCACGUGCACGGCCGGAUUUAGUAACUGGAUGGGAUCAUGAUGUUUUAAUACUGUGACAACGGAUCGUUCUAUCUGAUACAAUUGGUUUAUGUACAAGCUGACGGUAAAAUUCUCAUUGUUACAUUGUAAAUAUGAAUAUAUUUAUUACWAAUCCAGUAAUUUGCAAUAAUAUUGGCUCAAUUUUUCACUUUCAAUUAUAUCAAACUGACCUUGAGGUCCAUGUUGACUACGAAUUGAUAUUCCAUAAGGACACCAAACUAUAGGGCAAAUUAAAAAAAAUGACCAUAAAAAAAAACUUUUCUUGGCGUUUUUUUGGACCAUGUUCGCUUCAUAUAAUGCAACCAACCAUUGUAUAAUUAUGAAUAUACAGUAGUUCAUUAACCCAUUAAAAUGCUGGAUUUUUAA